ACUUGCACAUAGCCCGACCCAAGAUUGGGUUGAGUGAGUAUGUAUGCAUCAACUCUGAAUAAUCAGACAGAGAAUAAUCAGACAGGGUGCAUAAGCCCUGGUUCGGACUAAACACGAGUGUCACUUUGUCUUAUCAAGCUUUUGAUAUUGUGCAAGAAAGGUGUGUAUAGAACAUUUUGCUGUAUCAUCCACCCGGAUCUGCUUCUUCAGUAGUAAAUUGAGUGAGUGACAUUUAAUUCCCAGCUCAAUAAUUGGGAGUAACAAGGUGUGUGACACGAAGGGAAGCAGAAAGGAUGGAGAUUUCAUGGUUCCAGAGGCAAUGGGAUGCAGUGUCAGACUUUUGGGGUGGUGACGAAUUCAGCAUCCAUGUCUAUGGCACCUUUGGCGUCACUGCCUUGGCGUACUGGGGACUUGGGGGCAUUUUCUUGAUCCUGGACUAUCUGGGACCACCACCCUUCCUCAUGCGCUACAAGGUUCAGGAGAACGUCAAAACUUAUCCGAUAUCCCGGGAACAGUUGGUGGACCUGUUGAAGGUUGUGGGUUUCAACCAGCUGCUCAUCCUGCCCUUUGCGGCUGUGAAGUAUUGGUGGGAGGAGUGGAGGGGUGUGGUCCGUCCUCAAGAGCUGCCCAGCCUGACGAGCGCCAUCCUCCACCUCGCCGUCUUCGCCCUGGCCACCGAGGUCUUUUUCUACUACUCCCACCGCCUCCUCCACCACCCGCUCAUUUACAAGUCCAUCCACAAGAAACACCACACGUGGAUCUCUCCAAUCGCGUUUGCAGCCGCGUACUGUCACCCCGUGGAGCACAUCGUUUCCAACGUAUUUCCACUCGCAGUGGGGGCUCUGCUGCUCAAUUCGCACAUUGCACUCCUGUGGGUUUACGCAGUUAUUGGGACAUUUGAAACAUUGACGGUCCACUCUGGCUUUCACCUUCCGUUUUUGAAGUCGCCCGAGUUCCACGACUUUCACCACCUCAAGUUCAACUAUAACUACGGCGUGGUUGGGCUAAUGGACUGGAUACAUGGGACGGACUCGCUCUUCCGGACAUCCAAGCAGUUUCUCCGUGAUAAGCGCUUGUGGUCGAUGACACCAAUCAAGGCGGUUGUGCCUUGAACAAAUCAAUUACUAGCUCCACCGUUCACGCCAUCAGCAUCUUUGUGUGCUUUACAAGCGAAACAUUUAUUUGCAAAUACAUUAUUAUCUCUUGAUUGAUUGAUUGUGGAUUAGUCGUGUCUCCACAGAGCAGGGAAUAAAUAAACCCAUAAUAAAGCA